GGAAGCGUCCUGAGUUUCUGCUAUUGCAAAACGGCAUUAUAUCGUAUCCACACGUACCCAUCACCCGACCAACAGGACAUGUCCGGCGUGGCUUCCUUUCAAAAUCCCUUACGUUCAGCGUUCAACUGUUUCCCACAUCCUCCUCCUGCUCGCCUUUCAGAAACCUGCUUUCUCAACCUACAUCGCUCGAACGGCAGAGGAUGGUGCACACCGCGGGACGUUGGGCUGCACGCCCGGGGCUUCAACGCAUUUGCUUGCUGUGGAUUGGAAUGGUGACUUUGCUCGCGGGCACGGCAAAUGCGGAAUUGGCAGGGCUCACCACGCUAGAUGCCGAUGCCGUCUUCAAGACGACUGCAGCUCCCAUCAACUUUCUUGCAUACUCAAGCUCUGCAAUAAUGUCGUACGGGGAUGCUCAAUAUGCCACUUGGUAUGGGAACAAUGGCAACGGCACGUACCAGGGCAUGAUUGCCAGGCGAAGGCUGCAUCCCGUGGGCAACUGGGAGAUCACUACUCUGCCAUUCAGCAUAACUUCGUCCGGUUUCGCCGACUCCCGAAACAGUCUCUCGAUGGGAAUCUCCCCCGGCGAUGGCCGGAUCCAUAUCACGUGGAAUUUGCACGACUCGAAGUUGUAUUACCUUGCGAGUGAGCAAAAUAUGGUCAAUCCGGUGGGAAUAGCACGGUCCUGGACCUCAAGCAGGUUCAACAGCCCCCGCAACGACCUCUUAGGUUUGGUCAUCGAGAACAACAUUGCCUAUUCAUACUUUGUGGCCAGCCCAGUUGGCAACCUUCAAAUGUUCUACCGCGUCGGUAGUUCUGUGAACGGCACGCUGAAUUUGGCCGAGUUCAACGGCAGCGUGCCGACCAAUACCAGUUGGACCAGACUCGGCCAGAUCGCAUCAAGCACCUAUGGCACCUACACAACGCCAAGUGGCAAAACGAGCGGCCCAACCGAUACCAGGGCCUUCUUCAUGCACGGGGCCACAUAUUCCACCACGAACGGCAAACUGCACAUCUACGGGACUUGGCGGGAGGGGAACAGCAGCUUGCAGUGUUCUAACACCGGUGUGGCAAACCACGACACCGUCUACGUGAACUCGGCCGACUACGGGAGAACAUUCAGAGCUGCCAGCGGGUUACUGAUAUCCACUACUGGGCAGACCACGGGCACGCUUACGGUGGACGAUGCGAGUACGAUCAUUGAUACCUUGGGCCCCGAUUACGGGCUUACGAACCAAGAGUCGCAGGUCGUGGACAGCAAGGGGGCGCCUUUCGUGUUGAUCUCGUACGUUCCCGGCCGGUUCACCUCCUGCGUGACCGAUUUCGUAGCAAAUCGAACCUCCUACGCUCGUAACUUCCUCAUCCGGAAAGUCGGAACCAACGCGUUCAACAAAACGGAGAUCCCGUUCGCCCUGAACUCCUCGAUGCGCUCCCAGCUGGUCCUCGACAAGAGCGAUAACGCGUAUGUUGUGAGGCCGGAUUUCAAGAUCCUGCGCGCCACGGCCGCGUCGCUGUAUAGCGAUUGGACCGUCCUGUUCAACUUCGCAGACGUUUCCGUAUACCCGUUCAGCGAGCCUACGAUCGAUAAAUCACGAGCGGCUUCCGACCAGAUCCUUUCCAUUCUAUUCCAGACCCCGAACGGAAUCCAGGUGGCGGAUGUCGCCAUGAAGCCUAAGGAAGUUUAGCGAUAGGGAUGUUUCUGCUUAUACCCCGGUUUUCCUUUUCUUCUUCUGUUAUUUCUUUUUUGCAGAGUUUAGUUUAGACAUUUAGCACAUCACGGUUAGCUCUCGGUUUGGCCCUCGUUUUGCGUGGUAAACAUGCUAAGCAAACCCUUACAUCGGGCCCCGUUCAAUUCUUAACUCAGCCACCCAUAGGUGUUUGUUAAACAGACACUCUCAUAACCUUUUGUGUUCCGAUGGACCCAUUCCCGCUGCAGCCGUUCGCAAAGGGCAACGGAAGCUGGUAUGUUCAACAUAACGCGUCAAGGGAAAGGCCAGUGCUUAUGCCAACGCGUUCAACAGCAGAGG